AUGCCCUCUAAGAAAGUCCUCAUUAUCCUAAGUGACGCGCACUCCUUCCCGCUGAAAAGAACUAGCGGACACGAUGCUGGCAAGAUAGUCGAUCAGCCUUCAGGAGUUUUCCUCCAAGAGCUGGCAAAGCCAUUAAACAAAAUCCUCAGUGCAGGCCACGAGGUGACAUUCGCCUCGCCAAAAGGUCACGAACCUGCCCUAGACCCGAGCAGCCAAUCACUCAUCGCAAAUGCCGGCAAUUUCUACGAACGUCAACGCGAAUAUGAUCUUAUCGAUCGCAUGAAGCGCGAGAAUGGAUUCACUAGCCCCAGGCCAUUCGGCACCAUCAGCAACGAUGAGCUGACUACCUUCGCGGCAGUCUUCAUCCCGGGCGGACACGCACCGCUUCAAGAUCUAGGCGGAGAUGCGGAACUGGGACGGAUUCUCCGUUAUUUCCACGAGGAGAACAAACCCACGGCUGUGAUCUGUCAUGGGCCGUACGCUCUGUUGAGUACGAAGAAAGCGGGAGAUGGGUCGUUUGUCUAUCAUGGGUACAAAAUUACGUCGUGGAGCGAUGCGGAAGAGAAGUUGAUGGAGACAUUGUGGGGUGGGGAGGUCGAAAAAGUUGAAUCGGCGUUGAGAGACGAAGGUGCAAUAAUGGUUGAAGGUGUACGUGAAAAGACUGGUGGCACCACAUUGCAUCGGGAACUGGUCUCUGCUGGUAAUCCUUUGGCUGCGAACGCUCUUGGUGAUCGGUUUCCUCGAGGUAUGGGCCCACCUGAUGGACCUGGGAGCAUCUCACUCAAGCAGGAAGGCCUCGACAAUGGGGAUACUAUGAACCCAUUUGUGAACGAUCCUGGCAAGAGCAAAAAGGGCGAGGGUGAGACGGACAGUGUCAAAGUAAAGGGAACUGUUAGGUUAGAUCGACCUCAGGUUUGA